AGUGUCCUCUCUAUUAUUUAUUUGAUCAUAAUACCGCUGCAUGACAGUUGUUUUAUGAAAAAGAUUCGUUGUUGGUCAUAAGUAUUUUACAACUUUACGUUAUUUAUUAAAUAAAUUAAUAAUUUAAAUAAUAAAUAGCAUUUUAUAUUUACAAUUAAAUAACAUUCAAUAAUGUUCCGGAAUCAAUACGACAGUGAUGUCACAGUUUGGAGUCCACAAGGACGUUUACAUCAAGUAGAAUAUGCAAUGGAAGCUGUGAAAUUAGGAUCAGCUACUGUAGGACUUAAAAAUAAAACUCAUGCAGUCCUUAUUGCUCUGAAAAGAGCUUCUUCUGAGUUAUCUGCUCAUCAGAAAAAGAUAUUUCCCAUAGAUAAACAUAUGGGAAUUUCUAUCUCAGGUUUAACAGCUGAUGCCAGGAUGUUGAGUCGAUAUAUGCGAACUGAAUGUUUAAAUUAUAAAUAUUCUCAUGAUGAUCUAUUACCUGUAAGUCGGUUACUUGCAUCCCUGGGAAAUAAAUUGCAAACAUGUACUCAAAGAUAUGAUAGAAGACCAUAUGGAGUAGGUUUACUUAUUGCUGGGUAUGAUGAUCAAGGACCACAUAUUUAUCAAACAUGUCCAUCAUCAAAUUACUUUGAUUGUAAAGCAAUGGCUAUUGGUGCACGUUCUCAAAGUGCUCGUACAUACUUAGAAAAACAUCUUAAUGAACUUUUAUCAUGUGAUCUUGAUGAACUAAUAAAACAUGGUCUUCGUGCAUUAAGAGAUACAUUGCCAAAUGAAGUUGAUUUAUCAGUAAAGAAUGUCUCUAUCGCAGUAGUGGGAAAAGGUACAGAUUUUAAAAUAUAUGAUGAAGAUGCAAUUUCUGUCUAUUUAUCUCAAAUUGAAGAUGACAAACGUAGUAAACCUACUGAACCAGAUGUAGAACAAGAUUCUAAACCUCCACAACCUCCACCUUCUGAUGAAGGUCCACAAGACCCACAAGUUACAGUUGCAAUGGACACAGAUUAAAAAUAAUUUACUUUAUAGCAUAUUUUAUGUAUACAUUUAAAAUGAAUUUGCAUUUUACGUUUAAAAA